AUGACCAAGACUAAAAUGCUCAAAACUCUACUCACGGUCGCUGUCUUAACAGCUCUACGAACCCCAUUUGCUGCAGCCAACACGUUGCAGUAUGUCGGAGUCGAUUGGUCUUCUGUCCUAGUUGAAGAACGCGCCGGUGUUGUCUACAAGGAUUCUCGGUCUGUUGAAAAGCCUCUGGAAACUAUUCUUGUCGAAGCUGGUGUCAAUAUGGUCCGGCAGCGCGUCUGGACGGUUGACGGUGACUACGGAAUCAAGUACAAUCUUCAACUGGCGCGCCGAGCAAAAGAUGCUGGCUUGAAGUUCGGGCUCAACCUGCACUACAGCGACACUUGGACAAAUCCUGGCCAGCAAACCAUUCCCACUGGCUGGCCGCAAGACAUCGACGGCUUGGAGAAGCAGUUGUGGACCUACACAACUGAAGUUUGCAACACAUUUGCAGCCGCUGGACUCAGUCCGGACACAAUCACCAUUGGCAACGAGAUCCCCUCGUCGCUAGGAACAGGUACCAAGAUCGUAACCCACCUGGCUCAUGGAUGGAACCAGGAACUGCAAAACUGGUUCUACGACUUGGUUUUGGCGCCCGGUCAUCUCAUGGUCCGCGAUUGGGAUGUUAUUGCCGUCUCUUUCUAUCCCUUCUGGGGUGAGGGUGCCAGCAUGGCCAAUUUGUCUGCCACCCUGAACAGCCUAGCAUCAAAGUACAACAAGGAGGUUCAGGUUGUAGAGACAAACUGGCCCACGUCGUGUCCGAACCCGGAGUACCCGUUUCCCAAGGAUCAGCUUGAUAUUCCUUUCAGCACAGCUGGUCAGGUCGAGUACCUUCGCCGUCUGGCUUCUACCCUCAAAGCUAUUCCAUCAGCUACUGGUAUUAAUUAUUGGGAGCCAGCAUGGGUCCAUAAUGCCGUUUUGGGGUCUUCUUGUGCGAGCAAUGUUUUAUUUGACCCUAACGGCAAGGCCUAUGAAAGUUUGUCGGUGUUUGCCUCUCUUUAUUAG